CUCCGACAGACAAACUCACAAAACCGGCCAUCCCCUGUCCCCGCCGGUCUCUCUCUCUAAGAUUUGGAUGAGCUGCUAAAUUAAUAUGGCUUCUUUCUCUGCUCCCCUGCCAUCGACGCCCCACGCUUAUAAGCGUAAUUUUUCCGGCAAACCUCUCAUCUUCUCCACACAUCCAAAACGCAUCUUCUUCUUUGGAAACGCCGCUUCCUGCUCAAGAACCAAGAUCAUUGCAUCUUCAUCUUCUCCGAACGAUGCCUCCGACGCUCCUGGAGACAGCACCGCAAGCACUUUCUGCAUUAUAGAAGGGCCAGAGACUGUUCAGGAUUUUGUUCAGAUGCAGCUGCAGGAGAUCCAAGACAACAUUAAAAGCCGCCGCAACAAAAUUUUUCUUCUCAUGGAAGAAUUGAGGAGGCUGAGAGUGCAACAACGCAUUAAAAGCAUGAAAUGGGAGCCUGAUCGUGAAAAUGAGAUGCCGGAUAUACCAUCAUCAAUUCCCUUUCUUCCUCACGUGACCCCAAGGACACUGAAGCAGUUGUAUUUGACAAGCUUUUCGUUCAUAUCUGGAAUUAUAGUAUUUGGCGGUCUCAUUGCACCAACUCUUGAGCUAAAAUUGGGUAUAGGAGGAACUUCGUAUGAAGACUUUAUAAGCAAAAUGCAUUUGCCUAUGCAAUUAAGUCAAGUAGAUCCUAUUGUCGCCUCGUUCUCAGGUGGCGCGGUGGGCGUUAUUUCAGCAUUGAUGCUGCUAGAGAUUAACAAUGUCGAGCAGCAAGAGAAGAAAAGAUGCAAAUACUGUCAUGGAACUGGGUACUUGUCAUGUGCCCGCUGUUCAGCAACCGGUUUGUGUGUGUCCGUCGAACCCAUUGUGACAAGCGCUACGGAUCGUCAGUUGAACGCACCAACUACUUGCAGGUGUCAAAAUUGCUCUGGGUCUGGAAAGGUAAUGUGCCCCACCUGCCUUUGCACUGGGAUGAUAAUGGCUAGUGAGCACGACCCUCGUAUUGACCUAUUCGACUAGAGGGCAGGGCAAGGGUGGUUAGAUUGAUUAGCUCAAUUCUAGUACCUCGACCGGAAGUGUGAUGUUUGCAAUAAUAUGGAGCUAACCCAUGAUUCAUAUUUCAACAAUGUGAUGUUGUAUCAUCGAGUGCUGUAUGUUUAUGUUUGUUGUUAUCAGAAGAGUAAUGUAUGGAGUGCGCAAUGUUUGUACCGUGCGCGACGUUCCUCUUGAUUUUUUUUUAUAAUGACAUGUAUAGAUGAUCGGCCCCGUUAUUACUACUAUUAAUUUAUAAUAUUAUUAGUGGAA